GGGACGGGAACGGGACGGGAACGGGACGGGACGAGACGACGCGACGACGGGACCAGAGAGAAGAGACGGAAGCGAGGAUGAGAUCGAUAAGGAGGGAGUCGAGGUGCGGGUUUCGCGAAACGGGGACGCCGCGCCGCGCGUAGACUCGCGGCUGGUAAACAUACGCGCGUAAAAUACUCGCGUACGCGCGCACUCACGCACGCGCCGAGGGUCGCGCGAGUCGAACGAUCGCAGGGAGGACUCACCCUCGUCCUGAGGAUCCGACGCCGGAGGACGAGGGAGAGAGGAGAGAUCGGCAGACGCGGCGAAAGAGGGAAGAAACGCGAGCGGACACGGGUGUACGUAUCGGUCCCGGAGAGCACGGAUUCGAGGGAAACGGGAUCGUCCUCUCUUUCUCUCUCUCUCCACACACACCCCCCGGGGCCCCCUGCCGCACCUGCCAGAGCGAGCCCUCCGCCCACCACCACCACCCCUCGAUCUCUCUCGAUUCAUCUCCGCCACUCGAUGGGCUUUGCCGGCGAAAGAAGGUCAAAGAUCGAUCGUCGAGUACGAGGGUCGUGACCUCACGCACACAUUCGCACACGCGCGACACACGAGCCACACGCGUGCGACCAAACGUGUGUCUCUCGGGAUCGUCCCCGGCGUGGAACACGGAAGAGGAUCGCGAGCCGACCGACCGACCGACCGACUGACUGACUUACUUCGCUCACCGACAGACCGACUGAACGCUACUUUUCCUGCCCGCCCGGUUCGCACGCCCCUCGAAAAGCCCGUCACAACGAAGCUGGAUCCGUUCGAGCGACCUGAUCGAUCGCCGAGCGCGUACCGUACAGUCGAUCGACGCUAGUUUUGGCUAGGCGUUGUCGAUGCCCGCCGUUCGCGUGCCGAGGAUUCCGCGUAGAGUAGAACGGCUCGCACGCCGGCACGCCGCCACGUUGCGCCCGAAAUCGGGCGACUCGGCUUCUUGGGACCGGUCGAUUCGCGGCGACUGGCCAUUGUUCGGCACGGGGCAAGUCACGGACGACCGAGUGGAAACGCACGGAACACCGAGGAUCUACACGCGUGCCUGAUCGUGUACUCUCCGUUCCUCCGGAGAGAGAAAGAGAUAAGAGAGAGCGAGCGAGAGAGACAGAGAAAAAGAGUGGAGGGAAGAUGUCGAAGAGACGCUCGUCCAUGGAUGAGAAAUAACCACAGGGGAGGGGGUCGAGGAUCGAAGGACCUAGAAUUAGGAAAUCACAGAGUAUCCGUGAAGGAUCGUCCCAUCGCGUAGAAUAUCAUCGUCACGGUAACUAGCUGCUAGAGACGAAGCACCAUAAAAAGAGAGAGAGAGAGAGAGACGACCGGGGCACCAAUUUUUCACCGAUUCGUAGAGCCCGUUGUCUUAUCGAACAAAACAAAACAAAAAAAAACAAAAAAAAAGGAUAACUCAGAAGACUGACAGAUUAGAGCAGAAAGAAGCGAACUUAACCGCGGAGAGCGGAAGAAUAUAUACGACACACGACCAAAAUAUAAGAUAAUUUACACAAGAGAAGCCAACUCACGGAAUUGCGAGAGAGACAAAGAAAAUUAUAUAUAUCUAUAUAUAUAUAUAUAUAGAAAAAGAGAGAAAAAGAGAAAGAGAGAGAGAGAGAGAGAGAAAAAGAGAAUAAGAGAGAGAGAGCGAGGAGGAGGAAAACGCGAGACCGUGAAUUUCGAAUCGUGAGAGUUCCGCGAAAUUCGUCAAAACGUAUCCGGAAAGGAUGUCUCGGGACCCGUACUCCAGCGGCAGCGGAGUAGUCGGGCCAGGAGGCGGCACACGUUCGCCUCGGAGCAGUCGUCGCGUGGCCGAGCUGCCGACGGUCGACCGUAGCCCGUCGCGGAACUACGCGAGCGGUCGCGGUAGCCCGUUGGGUCGCAAGAGAGGCACUCGUAGCGGGAACAACUCGCCGGAGCACCUCGGAUUCGGCAGCUACCAUCACCAUCAGCUGGGCAGCCCGUACUACUCCCGCGACGAGGACCUCGGCAGUCCCGUGAUGCUCGAGGAGAGGGGUAGGAGUAUGUCAACCGGGGGCGGUGGGGGCGGACAUCACAGAUCCAGAAGCGCCUCGAGACCCGCCAUGUCCAGCUCGGCGGGCAUGUCGGCGAGGUACACCAGCCUCGAUCGCGCGUCAGCGGGGGUUCUCGAACACGAUCGCGAGUUCGUGCCUAUACGGGAGCGCAGUCGGGACCGUGGACUCUACCUCGAGGAUGAAAUGUACGGAUCGAGAUCGGCCAGGCAGAGCCCUAAUCCGCACAUGCUGCGGGACAGCGGCGGCUACAUCGGCGAGCUACAAAACCAGAACAACGAUCUCCAACGAGAGCUCGGGAACCUCAAGAAGGAGCUCGAGCUGACGAACCAAAAGCUCGGCAGCUCGAUGCACAGCAUCAAGACCUUCUGGAGUCCCGAGCUUAAGAAGGAGAGAGCGUUGAGGAAGGAGGAGAGCACCAAGUACAGCCUGAUCAACGAACAGCUGAAGCUGCUCAACUCCGAGAACCAGAAACAAAGCAUGAUGGUGCGCCAACUGGAGGAGGAGUUGAGAAUGAGGAUACGCGGGUCGAGCGUCGAGCUGCAGCAACAAAUGGAGGUUUUGUACAACGAGAACGAGCAUCUGACCAGAGAGAUCGCCAUACUUCGCGACACGAUAAAGGAGCUGGAAUUGAGAAUAGAGACGCAAAAACAGACGCUGCAGGCUCGGGAUGAAAGUAUCAAGAAGCUCCUCGAGAUGCUCCAAAACAAGGGGAUGGACAGAGACCGUCCGAAACUCUGGACACCGAGCAGACCCCCCAAGAGCUUCUCGUUGCUUUCUGCUGUUCCAGGAAAAGAGGAGGAAAGGAUCAUGCUCCAGCAGAUGCAGUCGUUGGCCCAGAAGCAGGAGCUCAAAGCCACGAACGAGAGCCUGAAGAGCCUCCAGACGCAGCUGGAGCUGGCGUACGCUUCGACCGCGUCGUCCGGGGCAGCCGUGGCGGGCGGAUGUGCAGGUUUCGGGCUAGGUAGCGUAUCAGGUGCUGGAGGAGUCGGUGGCGGUACCGUCCUUGGGGGUAGCGUGGCGGUUCCAGGCGGCGUGCCCGGUAGCACCACCCUGACGGCCAUCAUGGAGACGAAAGACGCGCGCAUACAGACCCUAGAGAAGCAGGUGACAUUGCUGGACGCGGAGUUACAGCGCAUCAAGGAGUGCGGUGGUAGACUGAGGGAGCAGUUGCUGAAAGCGACCGCCGUUCCGAGUAGCGGCGGCGGCUGCGGCGGCGGCGGCGGUGCCGGCGGUGGUGUGCAGCAACACCAACAGUUGCAACAAUCAUCGCUUUCUGAGGAGCUGGACGAGCUACGGACCGAAGUGCAGCGCAGGGACCAGGAGAUACUCGCGAUGGCCGCCAAGAUGAAAACCCUCGAGGAACAGCACCAGGACUAUCAACGGCACAUCACCGUGCUCAAGGAGUCGCUCUGCGCCAAAGAGGAACACUACAAUAUGCUUCAGGCUGAUGUGGAGGAAAUGCGGCAGAGGCUCGAGGAGAAGAACCGGAUGAUAGAGAAGAAGACGCAGGCGGCCUUGCAGGCGCAACAGGAACGAAACCGCAUGAAUACCGAGCUGACCGAGCUCAAGGAUCACAUGGAUAUCAAGGACCGGAAGAUCAGUGUUCUCCAGCGCAAGAUCGAGAAUCUGGAAGAUCUACUGAAGGAGAAGGACAACCAGGUCGACAUGGCAAGGGCGAGACUGACGGCGAUGCAGGCGCACAACUGCAGCAGCGAAGGUGCGCUGAGCAGCCUGGAGGAAGCAAUAGGAGAUAAGGAGAAGCAAAUGGCGCAAUUACGCGAGCAGAGAGACCGGGCCGAGCAAGAGAAGCAGGAAGAAAGGGAGUUACACGAGAGGGAGAUCGCCGAGUACAAAAUGAAAAUUCACGCCCUCGAGUCUGAGGUCGAGAAACUGGGCGCCCGACUGGAGAGGGCGCAGGCAGAAAAGGACCGGCUUGAGGCGAAGCUGGAGAGCUCGCAGUCGGAGCUGGGCAAGAGCAAGGCCGAGCUUGACAAAGCCGCGUCCGAGGUCGGUCGCAGCGGAGCCGACUGGGAGGCUGCCAAGCAGAGGAUAACCAGGUUGGAGCUGGACAACGAGAGACUCAGGCACGACGUGGAGAGAUCGCAGAGCACUUAUGGCAGGAGCGCCAUCAACUCCACCCAGGAGAUAGACAGGAUCCACGAGCGGGCGGAGAAGGCGGCUGCGGAACUGAGAAGGGCGCAGGCCGAGCUCAGGGUGACGCAGGCCGACAACGAGAGGGCCAGGGCCGAAGCUGUCGCCCUCCAAGAAAAGGUGGAGAAGAGUCAAGGUGAAGUGUACAGGCUGAAAGCGAGAUUGGAAAAUGCUCAAGGGGAGCAGGAGAGCCUUCGGGACGAGUACGAUCGAGCACAGGCGUCGGUAGCCCGGCUUCACUCGGAACGGGACAAGGCGAUGGCGGAUCUCGAGAAGUCGCAAGAGGAGCUCGAACGUACUCAGGCGACCCUCGGCAAAUCACAGCUUCAGCAGGACAAGCUGCAGUCUCUCCUGGACAAGACGCAGAGCGAGAUGGACAAGGUUCAGGAGAAGCUGGACAAGUCGCAGUCGGAGAUUCGCAGAAUGCAGAUGGAACGCGAGAAACAGAACUACGAUUUCGAGAACCUGCAGAGCCAACUGGACCAAGCCCUCGGACAGUCGACCAGAAUACAAAAGGAACGGGAAACGAUUCAGCUGGAAGUGGACCGACUGCAGGACAAAUACGAGAAGGCGCAGAUCAUAAUGCUACGGCUGCAGAAGGAACGGGACCGCUUCCAGGAGGAAAUACAGAAGCUGUACGAGAAGAUAGAGUUCCAGCAGAGUCAGGCGGCGAAGAUGCAACGGGAGAAGGAGAACCUGUUGUCGGAGCUCGAGCUGGUCAAGGAACGAUGGGAGAAGGUGCACAACUCCCAUCAGAAGCUGACGCUCGAACGGGACGACGCCGUCACCGAGAUUCAAAUUUUGAGGGAGAAAGUGGAGAAAGCGCAGUACGCGAUGAACAAGGCGCACGAGGACCGGGAGAACGCGAACAAAGAGUUCGAGGAGAUGCGUGAGAAGUACGACAGAUCCCAGAGCGAAGUGUACCGACUGCAGAACCGCAUCGAGGUGAUGGAGGCGGACAAGGACAGGCUGGAGCUCGAGGCUGAGAAGCAGCAGAUGCUUGCGUCGAAGAGCCGGGACGAGGCGCGCAAGGCCCAGGACGAGCUGGCCCACGUGCAAGAGCUGUACGACAGAGCGGCGCUACAGUUGGGCCGCACGAAGGAGCACGAGGAGAAGUCGAAGGACGAUCUGGACAGGUUGACGGUGGACCUGGAGAUGGUACGGGAGCGUUACGAGAAGUCGCAGACCGAGCUGCGCCGGUUGCAGAACGAGCGGGAGAAGCUGGUCGCGGACAACGAGAGGAUCAGCUUCGAGCUGGAGCGGGCCCACUCGCAGCUGAACAAGACGCAGGUGGCGACGGAAAAGACGCAGGAGGAGUUGGCGCGCAUGCAGCUGGAGAUCGAGAAAAUGUACGAGAAGCACGACCGUCAGCAGGCCGAAGUGCGGAAAGCGCAGGCGGAGUCGGAGCGGCUCCGCGUCGAGGCGGAGAGCGCGCGCGAGGAGAGCGAGAGGUACGCGGCCAGGUUCGGCAAGUACCAGGAAAGCCAAGAACGGCAGAAGGAGGAGCACGAAUACGCGAAGCUGGAGGUGGAGCGGCUCCGCGACCGGCUGGAGAAGGCGCUUGCGGAGCUCGAGCGAGCGAGGAAGGCCGAGCAGGACGCCUCGAGGCUGCGCGCCGAUCUGGAGCGUGCGGAGGGGGUGCGAGGUAAAUACCAGUACGAGCAGGAGAAGUGGCAGAGCGAGGGUAGUAGGCUACAGCAGGAGGUGGAUAAGCUGCGGGAACGUCUGGAGGGCCGGGAGUCGGAGCUGAAGAGGACGCAGACCAGCCACGCCGAGCUCGAGGCGAAGCUGCACGAGACGCAGCUUCAGCUCGAGCGGGCGCGCGAGGAGGCGGCCAAGGCGAACGCAGCGCAGGAACGGAAUCGCGGCGAGAUCGAGCGGGCUAAAAUCGAAACCGAGAAGAUACGCGACCGUCACGACAAGGUGAAGGCGAGAGCGGACGCCCUGGAGGCGGACAACGAAAAGCUCCGCGUCGAGAUAAUCCGGCUCGAGAGGCUGAUGCAGACCGAGGGUAAGACCAGAUCGGAGAGCGCGAGCAUCGAGGUCGAACGGCUACGGGCCAGCCUCGACAAGGCGAUCGUCGCUCGCGAUCAGGUGGAGCUCGAGGCGGGCAGAUUGGCCAAGGAGCUCGAGAAGACGCACGUGCAGACCGCCAAGUACCAAGAAGCAGCCGAGGCGAACAAGAAGGAGAUGGAACGUGUCGUCGCAGAUAUUCAGCUGCUCAGAGACGAGCGGGAGGCGCUCAGGCAGGAGCUGCGGCGGGUGCAACAGCAGCAGCAACAGCAGCAACAGCAACAGCAGAUGGUGGGCAACGAGGAGAUGGCCCGGCUGCAGCACGAGCUUCAGAUCGCGAUGCGAGAUCGAGACAAGAACGCGGCGAUCCUAGAGAACCGGGAGAAACACUGGGAGAAGAUCGAGAAGGUGAAAGAGAAGCUCGAGGCGGAGGCGAAGCAGCUGCAGGUGGAACGGGAUCAGCUGGUGAUACAGCUCGAGAAGUCGCAGGAGAUGCUGGUCAACUUCCAGCAGGAGUUGAACGCGAACGAGGCCGAGCUGGAGCGUCAGCGCGAGGAGGUGCGACGGCUGCAGCAGCUUCAGCAGCAGAGGGCGCACGCCCAGACGCCGGACAGAGCCGCGAAGGAGGCCCUAGAGGCUCAGAUGCGGGAGGUGCACCGGCUGACGCAGCAGGUCCAGAACCUGACGCAGGCACAGACCAAGGAACGGCAGAGAGCCGAGCAGGCCGAGAAACGGGUGCAGGAGCUGAACAAGCAGAUCGCCUCGAGGGACACGUCGGUCGGCGGAAGCGAGGCGCAGCUCGAGCAAUGGCGGAAGGUCUGCGAGACGGAGAGGCAGCGGGCGGACGCGGCCGAGCGACAGGCGGCCGAGCUGCAAAAGCGAAUCCAGACGACCGAGAGGCAGCUGCACGCGCAGCAACAGCAGAUCCAGCAGAUGCAGCAGACCAUUCAGCAGCUACAGCAGCAGCAACAGCAGCAGCAGCAGCAACCGUCACAGCAGAACGGCCAGGAGGUCGCCAAGCUGCGAAAGGAGCUUGAACGCGCGCGAAAGGAGACCGCCGAGCAGACUGUCGAGCGCGAGCGGAUUCAGUCGCAGAUCGAAAAGCUGUGCGAGGAACUCGAGAAAUCUCAGGUGAACUUGCAUCAGGCAACCAAGAAACUCCAAGCUGGCGGCGGGAAACCUGGUCCCGAUACUACCCAAGAGAGGCGACAUCUAGACGAACAGAAACGCCAAUUGGAAGAGCAGAGAAGGCAGACGGAGGAUCGAGCCAAAUCCGUCGAUCAGAAAGCUAGAACAGUAGAGGAGAAGGAGAGGACGCUCCAAAGUCUCGACCAGGACCUGAAGAAACGGAAAGCGAAGAUGGAUCAGCUCGAGCAGCAGUUACAGAGGAGCGGUGGGUCGCCGGACAAGAGGUUGACGGAAAUGCAGAAGGCCCUCGAGACAGCGGAGAAAGAGUUGGACAAAGCAAAGGAGGAGUCUACCAGAAGCUCCGCCGAGACCGAGAGGCUACUGCAGCUGAUGCAGAUGACGCAGGAAGAACAGAACACGAAAGAGAGACAAAUCAGAGAACUUCAAGAUGCACUAAAAGCCGCACAAGUCAAGUUGAAACAAGCCGCAACUGCACAGCAACAAGAGGACCCGGAGAUCGCGAAACACAUAGAGGACACCAGGAAGAAGGAGCUCGAGGCCAGGGACAAGCAGAUCACGGUGCUGGAGCUGAAGGCGUCCUCCCUGGAGAAGCUGCUGAGGGAGCAUACCUGCUCCAAGAAGAUCAAAGACGCGAGGAACGAGAGCCUCGAGGACCAAGACGCCUGGAGGAAGGAGAGUCCCAAAGCGAACGAGGAGAAGGACUCGCGGAGAAGAGAGCUGGAGGCGAAGGAUAAACGGAUAGCACAGCUGGAGAACGAGCUCGAGUCCUUGAAGAGCCUGAUGACGGAGGACAGCCAGCCAACCAGACUGAAAAGGUCGAAGGAGAACGAUGAGAGAACGAAGGAGGGCUGCGAGUCCUGGAAGCAGGAAAUCGAGGCGAAGAACAGGCGGAUCGUCGAGCUCGAGCAAGAGAUGGAGUCUUUGGAGAACUUCCUCAGGGAGCACGCCGAUACCGAGAGCUUGCGAGAUCUAGAGAUCAUGGUGGAAAGGAAGAGCAGAAGGAUCGAGGAGCUGGAGUACACCGUGGCUGAGUUCGAGGACUUCCUUAAGCAGAAUCCUGACGUGAAAGAGCUGCACGAGCUUCGUUGCCAAGUGACCGACGGGAACAGACGGAUCCAGGAGCUGGAGAGGUGGAUUCAGAAGAGCGGUGAGAACAGAGAGCUGAGGAUCGAUCAGGAGAGGGUCAUCGAGCUGGAGGAGAUGGUCACGCAGCUCGAGGAGUACGUCAGGAAGCACAACGUGGACGGGCUGAAGAUGAAGCUGGAGGACCGGGAAUGCAAGAUCGAGCAGCUGCAGAGCCGAGUCGGGUGUUUGGAGAGAGAACUGUGUAAAGUUGAGGAAAGCUAUCGAGGGAAAGAAGCACAGAAGAAUCACCGAAACGUCCAGGAUAGAUGGACGACGAUGGCCCCGGACGAUUUGCCCUGCAACCGCCUGAUCAUGGACGGGAAUGGUGAGCUGCGCGAGAAGGAGCAGAAGAUGAAGAAGAUGGAGCACGCUAUCUCCGAGAAGGACAACAAGAUCCAGGCACACGAGCAGCAGAUCGUCGAGAACAAGGACGAGAUAACGAAGCUGAGGAAGGAGGUGGCAGGCCUGAAGAAGGAGCUCAGCGAGUACGACGACAUCGGUGUCCUGAAGGAGGAGAUCCGCGUCAGGGACGAGAGGAUCCAGCAGCUCGAGGACGAGGUGGAUUCUCUGGAGCGAGCGUUCAGCGAGAGGAUAGACCUCGAGCAGAUCGAGGAAAUGGUAAACAUAAUCAAAGAGAAAGAGGACAAGGAACGGCAUAUGUCUAAAGAUUUGAUGGAGAAGAGGAGCAGGAUCGAGGAACUGAGCGAAGCCCUCCGCGAGAGCGUCGUCAUCACCAGCGACAGCGAGAAGAAAUGGAAGAAUGAAGAGAUGAUGAAGAAGGAAGCCUUGCAAAAAGUAGCAAAAUUGCAGCAGAGAAUCGCGUCGAUGCAGUCGGCUUCAGCGUUGAAAUGCAUCACCUGCCAGCCGCUUCUUUCCAAGCUGUACAAGUACGAGACCAGCUUCGAGAAGCUCGCCGAGGAAAGAACCGCGCAGCUGAAAGAUCUGCGGCAAGUAAAACGUGAAGCUUUGAAGGCUGCCGUGUCCGAGAAAGACGCACACCUGGCUCUGCUGGAGCUGUCCGGGUUCAAGAACACCGUGCAGUCCAAACAAGCUGAGGAACUGAAGGCGGACAGAAAGAGGCUGUUGGACACGCUAAAGAAAGAGGAUGAGAAAAGCAUCGAGUUGUCGGCGGAGUUUAGUUUAUCCGGCUCGGAAGGGACGCCGCAUUUGCUCACGAGAGUUCUGGAAACGUCCGACAACGAAGAAGACAGUUUGAAUGAUCGUCGUAGCGAUUCGAGUUCCCCGAGACCGGCCACGAGGAACGGCGACGGCUGCGAGCAAUCGAAAGGGAAGACAUCGAAGGGAUCGGAGUCGAAAGGCAGGCGAGACCAGCCGAAGAUCGAUCAGCAGGAUAGCAGAUAAGUACUCGAGGCCAGCUACGGUCAAUUACGGUGUAGAAAGCAAAUAUCGGUCUCUCUUCGUUUCUUCGAUGUUGUCAUGUGCACACACACACGCAACCGUAGAGGCAGUCUAGAGCAUUUCUAGAGUCUUAGCAAAAACAAAAAAAAAACAAAAAACGAGAGCGACAGCGAACAGAAAGAUACCUCAUCGACUCCAACAGCGACGGUACCGACAGACAGCAUUCUACCUACGUGUCGUUCACCAAAAUCACUCUCGUACUUCAUCAAAAAAAAAAACCAAAAAAAAACCAAAAAAAAACAAACAAACAAACCAAAAGUAUCGUUCGCGGUCAUCAUUCGUUUUCAUCGUCACCCGCCAUUCCGAUCACACUAUCAUCAUCCGAGCACGUCGCCCUUGCGACAUUCCAAGAGACCAACGGAGGAGAGGAUCAAAUAUCCGCGGGGCGGUGGCAGGCCUCGUUUAAAUGAGAUCGUAAACGGGGCUAGCCAUUCCACGAGGACUUCUCAGAAGAGACAUCAUCGAUCUUGUCGACAGAACCCUCGUACGAUUAGAGAAGAACAGCGGUAGAGGCGUGGGCUGCCAUGCGACGGAACGUGUGGACAGCUGGUUCCGAGCACGACGCGUUCACGGUUUCCGUACACCGGCGAAACGAAUUUUGUCGUCGCGUAGAAACGCUCGCUAGACUAAUCCCAUGAUCGGCGAGAGGGCUUUGGCCCUACGAAACUCGACGGUCUGCCGUGGCACUGUUCGAUGACCGGGCGGGAUGAACGAGAAACGGAGCGUCGACGGAUGAUCCAGUAUACUUGUUACGAUAGAAUCUUAGGUAGUUUUUUCAGUAGACCAGUUGGUUGCAUGUUUCCGAGUCCUCCGGAGACGCUCUGUUUCUGGCGAGGAACCGAACGUUGAUCGUUACCGUUUGCCGGUCGAGUUUCGUGCCUCGGAAUGGAACGAGAACGGGGCCCGGUUUCGAACGAGGAAACGCGAGAACGCGGUGGAGAUCGUGAACACGACGCGAGGGUGGCGGUUUUGUUGCGACUGAGAACGUACGUACGCGUAUCACGGAAACUAUAUAUCGAGAUCCAACGGUGUUACCCUGCCAUCGACUCCCUCCCGUUGCCGAUCAACUUUCAUCCCCCCAUCGACCGCGAUCCGAGUGAUUCGAUCAGAAAAGAAAAACAAACGAAAGGGAACCGCAGCCGAGAGAAAAAUAAAACAGCCGCGCACAGCCGCAAGUCGUAAUCCGCGAACGCUUCGUCGAUGUUCGCCCCCGCGAAAACACUCCCCCCUCCCCUUUUUUCUGGAUUUCUCGUCACGGGUCCAAAGAUCGUCGUUGUACAACGAGCGCUAAGUUCUAGGCUACGAAGGGACCGAGAGAAUUGGGGGACGAGUUCGAGGAAGAGGGAAAUAGUAGAAAAUCCUCACGAUGGCGUUUUCCGGAAUUUAUGGGAGAAAGAAAACGAAAGAGACAAAAAGAGAGAGAGAGAGCGCCGAGAGGAUCAGCGGAAAGGAAAGGCAAACUCGAGUCAUGGUGCUGGUUUAGCUAUCAAGAUGACAAUAAAACGAACGUUUCGCGCGUCCGGCGCGUCGCUCGACGGGCCCCCGCGAUGCGCGGACGAGACUCACGAAGAGAACCCACGCGAAGCCGACGCAUUUCAAGUCGAAGCAUUCGUCGAUCCGCCUCUGAAUUCUGAGUCUUCGUCGUCGUGAGAUUGUUAUAUCGUCCGGUUUUGUAUAGAAGCCGUUCGCGGGGCGCGGCGGGCAGGCAAGAACGAUCUUCAUCGAAUUAAAUGGCAACGUCGCGAGGUACGCGUGCCGGCGCGUCGCCGUUCUGUAUAUAUAUAUAUAAAAAAAGUAUAAACAAAGGAUAAAAACACGCAGGUAACGCUAAUAAACGCCAGUGUACACAGUUGUAGCAUAAUCGCUAGGGGCGUGAACUCGCCGUUCGUAUUUACUCGAGCUACGAUUAUUACGGAGUGUAUAGAGACCGUUGACCCAACCGUCGGGUACGACUUCCAUAUAGUUUCUCAAGCCUCGAUCACUUACGUUGACAGAGCCGUGUAGAUGUUUAUAAUGUUGUUACGGACCUUUCGCGCUAGAACGAUAUUUAUGGAAACUGUUGGCAAAUAUAGUACGUUUAAACGACGAGAACGUUUACGGUAGAUUUCGGUGUGGACACACGGUUACGAUGUUGUUUCUACUAACGGAGACCGCGCGCGCGCCUAAAGUCUUCGGCCGCGGCCGUGUCUCGACGGAGCGCCAUCUCGUCGACGCGUUCUCGUUUCACCGUCCGAGGAGCCAUUAUUGUUCGGACAGCGCGCCGGGAACGAGAGGCUCGGCGACUAACGCGGACGCGGCUCUCUCUGCUUUUCCUUUUUCGUUCGUCGAGAGUGCGUCGGAGACACAAUGGGGAAAUUCGAGUUCUCUUCGUGCGUCGUCGCGAGCGCAUCCGAGCCGGCCGUCGGAACGAUCGUCGCAGACGCGAACGGGAAAGACGAUCGACGAUUUCCCGGCGAGGAUGGACGCGCGACCGCGUGAAACACGCUGCCCGCUUUACGAAACGGUCUCGAGAGACCGUGCGCGCGCACCUCUCCGUGGACGAUUCUCGGGGACGAUCGUCGUCGCGAUCACCUUCGGGAAACGGAUAGAUCGGCCGUACCGAGUGAAUCGUGGGAAGCACGGGCGAGCGCGACGGUGUUCGUGGCGUGUCGGGAAUGAUCGCGUAGGAUCGGUCCACGAGCGUGGAUGGUCGGCGUGCAGCGAGAACGGCCGACCCACCGAGACAGCGGGGAAUAUAUCAGGAUCAUAAAACACGAGGCACUAAGCGAGAUCGUAGCGAGACGAGCCCCAUUUGUAAAUAGUCGACGUUUCUUCGAUAGGCCCGCCGGUAGUCGUGGUCCCACACACCUGUGUCCGCUUCCGGCUCUGUACCCAUUCCUGUGCGCGCGCAGCUCCGAGCCGAGCGUCGGAGGCCGACAAAGGAAAAAGAAGAAGCUGGCAGCAGGGCCGUCGUAAGCGCUAGGCCCGAUCCGUUUGAAUAAGGUGCUCACACGAAUCCAUAAUUAUGAUCAUUAUCCAGUCGCGUUUCUGUCCAUGAUCUAUUCGAAGAGAGAACGUGUAUAAGAUAAGUCUCUCCGUCUUCUCUCCGCCGGAACGAGUGAUUGCCUCCGAUGCUCGGACAAACCUGUGCAGCUAGUCUAGAGAGACACGCCUGUACUAACGUGUAUACAUAGAUGAUAUCUCGCUGAACGGAUCUCUUCGAGAGAAACGACCCUUGAACGCCGGACGUUUUCGACGAUCGCUGGGAAGACGAUGCCUGGGUCCGGGUUCAGGCUCGUCAAUUUUCUCACGCGUUUCGCGAUCGCGGACGAUACAUCGAUGGGCAAUUCUAAAAAUCCGGGCGAGAAGGAAGGACCCAGACAACGUCGACCGAUGAUCGGACUUGUCUAACGUGCGACCAGAUCGAAGCGCAUGGUUCCCAAUAGCGGGACGGGCGCGCGACGAAACGCUGCGAGACGGUGAAGACAGUCUCGUUGUCCGUGCAAGAAUCGCGGGCGUCGUUCCGUUGGGCGGACAGCUUCGAAACUUCCGGUCGAACGUGUCCCGGUCCACCGUCGCGCAAUUGAACAGGCCCGUGAGCGACGCGGGCGAAGCGCGCCGCCUCGUCCUCCGAGUGGACUGAUCUCUACGCGCGAGGAAGCUGUCGCCGCGACGCCAUUUUGUUUUUGUUCGAGAGAGAGAGAGAGAGAAAGUGCCAGGACGCGCUUCGGCCCGGCUCGCUCGCUGUAUACAUAUUAUAUGUAUAUAAAUGAAUCUAUGCAUUAUGUCGUCGUGUCUGCCGUACGGAGAAUUAAAUGACGUGUUGAAAGUGUAAAAUUUUAUCGUUAAUACUUUGAGGAGAUAAUGGAAACGCGGAAAGAAUGCUCCCUGGAAUUCGCGAACGAAACGGAAAACGCGUUCUGUGUCCCGUCGCUGGCGCGCGGACACUUUUGUCCGCUCGGGCUCCGGAACCAGCGAACGAGGAGACCUCUUACUCCCGCGGAGGACUUGAUAUCACGUGCGAGACUCUACCUAUUGUAGGAGCUAGAUUUUACGCUGGAAUCGAAGGGCAUCGGAUCCGCGCGCAGGACAGACGAUCGCCGGGAACGACACGGGUCGUCGAACGCGCCUCGUCUUGCCUUGCUUCGCCUGUCCUGCGUGGGCUGAACGAAAUACAGAGUCCCGUCACCGGCCUGCGUUCGGUCGUGGAGAUGCUCCGCCGUCGACUCUUCCCGCGAUCCAGGCCGUCGUCGACGGAACAAACCUCGCGGUCGCCGUCGAGCGCUAAUGAAAACGCUAGGGUCGAUUGCUAUGCCGGCGUUAAAGACUUCCGGUGCGCUGCGAUGCGUCAGGGCGGUACAGCGAAUAGGAGGGGGAAAGCGAACGAAGUCCACGGGAACCGGCUGUCGGAAUUGGCUAGAAGAACUUGAGGAUGUUGACACUCUUCGGCGUGCACCUUCGCGGACGUUUAACUUGUUAAUCGGGACGAACGGACCACUUUUUAGUCGACUUCUUUGCCAAAUGUUUUAUUCUUGCUUUUAAUUGCAUUGUGAUAUGAGCUUACUGCAAUUUGCUUUUCUUGGAAAAAUAAUUCAAAUAUCAAAUAAUUUAAAUUCAAUAAUUUACGUUCUUGCUAUCGUUUCGCGAAUUCUCUCUAAUCGAAGAUGCGCUGUUGUCAACCGUUUGUCAUUGAAACGAUUUCUUUUGACGCCGUCGGUUCAAGUAUUUAGAAACUAUGUACACCGUGUGUUUUAUUCAAAUAUCGUUACAAACGCGCGUAACUUGUAGCUUCGUAUUUUGUUCAAUUUCAGUAAAAUUUUAGUUUCGGCAAACACAACACAUGCGCCAGCGUUCAUUCAAAUGAUUAAAAUGAUGUCCUUUAAUAUUCGGAUCAACGGAAUGGCAGCUAACUAGAUCUUUAACAAAAUUACAAAGCACACUUGUAUUUACUCUUAAGCAAAAUAUGUAAUACAAUUUACAAUUUCAGAUUGUUCUUCCAGAUUUUGAUUAGUCGACGAAUCUCUCUACUAUAAUUUCGAGCUCAGUCGUUGACACCCGUUUGACAGAUUAAAGACGAAAACGACUCCAGACAAUCGAACCACGUAAUACCACGUGACACCACACGAUAAUCAAAGACACCGCAAUCUACCGUACGAAGUUGGUUUACUUCGUUUACCUCUGGCUUCUAAUGUAUCCCCGUAACCCGACUGGAACGAUUAGGCGGCUCGGGGCGUAUAAUUUUGGGAAACGAAGAGUGUCCGUUCUCACGUCGAUCGCGACGAGGUGAUUCGUUUAAAUUGUUGAUCACUGGAUCUGGAGAGAGAGAGAGGCGGGGAAGGGACAUGUCCUAAGAGAGGAGCAUAGUGGCGAGGGAGGUAGGAAGAAUAAGAAAAAAAAAACACUUGAAACGGUUUAGUAAACGUGUACCACCGUCAUAUCAAGCCUAUAUCAUCGUGUUACAUUAUAUACAUAUUAUAUAGCUAAGCAGAUGAAAAAUUAAUAUUAAUCGUUAAUCGACACAAUUGUUAAAAUGAAGGAGUGACUGUGUUUCGUGUGUGAGUGUUGCGCCGGUGGUAAACAAAGAACAUAAAAAGAACGAAAAGCGAGAAAACGACAAAAAAAUGAAAAGAAACGGAAACGGAGAAACAAAAGAAAACAAAACAAAACAAAAAAAAAGGGAAAAAGAAAAAAGAAAAGUCUUUCUUUCGAUCGCUCGAGGAUUGAGAGGGCCUGAGAGAAAGUUUUUUCGAAUCUUACGAAUCUUCUAACUACUGGCACUCUUUAUUGUCCGAACACGCUCGAUUAUCCACACUUCCAAUCAGUAAUAAAACAAUCGUUCCAACACUUUUAUCAUCGUACCCGUCUUAAUUAGAUGAUUAAACAAGGUUGUAACCGUAGGAUGUAUAAUCGCUUCGAGCAAUUGAUCACUUAUCUUGGAUUUUAAGACUGUUUAAAGAAUAAAUCGCCCGCGCGAGAUAUGCGAGAAAAAUGCUUCGAUGUUGCGUCUCGUUCUAUUUAACAUAGUCUGUCCUCGAGAAUGUGUCGGAUACAUUAAAUAAGCGAAAGACGAGCGGGGAGAAGUAUAGCCCCGAGGGAGAAACGCGCAACCGUUUCGAUCCUUUGCUCGUUAAAAUUCUGUUCGUUCGACCGGCCGGUCUGUCCGAGUCCAAUGGCGGCUACGAUAUAUCUUUCUACCGAACUUUUCAUUGCGGUUGCUCGUCGAUUUUUUCCGUUCGUUGUACAUAUCCGUGUCGCGACAAAGCGUCAAGAGAAAAUCGCUGGACGCCACCAGUCAGAAUACUGCAUACUUUCCCGGGGCCGUUUUUGCGUUCGUCGAGCACAGGGUCGACCGGUUGCCGUUUCGACGUGACAGGAGAAUUAACGGGACGGGAGAAAAUUCUAACGAGAGACAGGGUCGCGGGAAAUCCAAUGGUUCGGUCCCACACUCGAGUGAUCCUAAGCUGAGACUGUUCCGUGGAACACAGGAGUGCGAGAAUGUGCUUGGCGAGGAAAGGCGAGUUCGAACGGUGAGAGCGCGUGAACGAGGCCGUCUCGAUAUUAUUUUUCGACUCGACUGUUUAGUAUCUACGAUGAAAAACGUUUUUAUGUGAAAUAUUGCGCAAGGAAGGCCGUGGCGGCGUCACGUCUGUCCACGCUGGAAUCGCGGCCGCCCGGCGAAACAAAUUCUUCCCCGUUUUUCCGCGACACGCGAGAGGUCCGCGGUUUUCGGCAACCCUCGCGGCGUUCCCGCGAUUAAAGUCCCCUUUUCGACGAAGGAAAUUCGCGAUCGAGAAACGCUAUAUAACGAUCGGGCCGCGAGUCCUCCUGGAACCGACGCCGCGACGACGUGGCUCCUCCUGCCCCCUUUUUUUAUUCUCCAAUUUCUACGUGUUUAAUCGUUAAGUGUAACAGAGCAUGGGAAACAGAGAGAACUUUUGAGAACAUGUGUGUACAUGCGUAUGUGUGUGUGAGCAAGAAAAUAGACGAGAGCAUGAGAGAACGGAAGAGAGAGAGAGAGAAAGAGAGCGCGCGCGAGAGAGAGAGUGCUAAAGCAAGUAGAGAUACGUUGACGAUGUGAAAACGGCGAAGCUUCGAGUUCGAUCGUUCGCUUUAAAGACGCAAUACGACUUUCGAUCGCGUGUACAUACCUAAAAGGAUAAUAAUACGUAUCCGUGUGCAUGCGUGCGCCAGAAAAAAAGAAAGAGAGAGAGAACAAGAAAACCGCGCGCGAGAGAAAGCUAAAAGACACGGACGGAACGAUGUAAACAGCGGAGAGCAAGUUUAAAAGUCUAGUCUUACACGACGCUUCAAGUUAAACCGUCUUGUUGCGACGUUGUUCGCGCAACGAUCGCCGUGAUCGCGGGGAUCCUAUCGCGGCGCGCGCGACGACGCGUCUCUUCUUUCGAUUUCUCUUGUCGGUCCGCGGCCGCGAUAGCAGCCCCCGAUCGACGGACACGUCGCGACGGAGGAGUCAGCGGACGAAGGCGACGAGAGGCUAGCAGUAAGUUAAAAAAAACAAUUAAGCUAAGGUAAACUUAUAAAUGAAGAUAACAAACAAAAGAUAAAAAAACAAGUAAACAGUUUUAUUGAAGUACAUUGUUGCAACUGCCAUGCUGUGUGCCAUUAUAUAAACGAGUCGUGUUUGUCGUAACGAGCAAAGAAGAAGAAAAAAAAAGAAAAAGUAAACAAAUAGGCGAAAACGAGGAAACAAGCAACAAAUACGCGAAACGAAUGUCUCUUGCGGCGCGUUCCCGUUUGUCCGAGCUUCUUGGUCACCGGACACCACCGGCCCCGGGAAGCAUCGAGACCGAAUUCGAUCUCUUCUGUCUGCGACCGAGAACGAGGUCACCCUCGCAUUCGAGGGCGCGUAGCAUCACAACGAAGUAUACCGAAAGUCCUAGAAACGAAAAGCGAAGAGAACUAUGUGCGAACGCGCCGUCGCGUUCGUUUGCGAGAGAGGGAGAGAUAGAGAGAAUUGGUUAAUCGAGAGAUCGGCCGGAUCGAGGAGCGAAUGCGAGGAAACGGGACCGAUCUCGUGGAAGUCGCGUGCCCUUCGUCGAGCGAAACGAACCAUUGUACAUUAUACCGGGAAAACGGAGGGCGUGGAGCGUAUAAUUAUAACGAUUAAUGUAUACAUAUGCAUCUCUGUGUGAACGCGGCCGAGCACACGCGCACGAGAUCCGAGGGACCGGAACCUCGGCGUUCGUCGCAGACCGAAGACAUGAGAAGCUACCGCGACCGAGCGAGCGUUUUUCAUUUGCCAGGAAAUCGUUCCUGCUUUGGGAGAUCGCGAGCGAUAGAACGUGGAAACCAUUGGCGAGACACUAAAGACAUAUUUUCUGUACGAUUUAUCCCAUGUUUGAUUCGGAUCGCGUUGCAACAAAUUUCGAACGACGGCCGGGCGUCUCGCGCGAGACGAGAAAAAAAGCCGGUCGCGAAUCCUCUCGACGGGGAGCCACCCCUCUGUUCACUUUUUCUAAUUCUUGGAUAAUUUAUAAGGUGUGUACCAUUGUCGGCCAGCAACCGUUUCUUUUUCCUCCGCCGCUGGAUUUUGAUCAUUUCGAUCGAUCGAUCGAUCGAUCGGCGCGUCGCUCGAUGAAACACGAGGGGAGCACGUGUUCACAGUUUCGUUCAUUUCCGAACCUGGUGCGCGCGAACGUGUAUGCCUGCUUGUUGUGUGCAUCUGUGCGUGUGUAGUUGUAGAGGUUGAAAACUCGAUCGAAACUGUGGCAAAAUUUUGGAACAGCCGUGUUGCAUCUCGGUCGGCUAGCGGUGUCAUCGCCGAAAUCUCUCGCGGUCCGAGAACAAAAAGAUCGGACGAAGUUUCUGGCGACAAAAGGUACACGCGACGCGAGACAAAUGUGUUCAUCGAUCGUGCGGUAGAAGGAAUCAAUAAUGGCGCGUGUCGCGUUUUCGCCCCCCCCCGAGGAGAAUGUUUGUCGUUACUUUCGUAGUAAAACGAGAAAAAUAAACCGAACAGCGAACGAGGCACCCGCGCAAGAACGAAUUCCUGCGUUUCGCGAGAAAUCGAUUUCGCGUGUCGCGACGUCUUCACGGAAGAAUAAAGAAGAAGAUGCCGACGAGAGAGUGAGAGGGAUAGAGAGAAAAACGUGAGAAACGGGAUACGAUACCGAGUAUAAUCCAAUUUGUUAGCUGUCAGCCGACGGUAUGAAGGAGGAGAGGCGAGAGAGAGAGAGAGAGAGAGAGAAAAUACACGAAUAAUUAAGAGUAAAACAAAGAUGACGUCGACCCAUCAUAGAUUCAAGCACAAUAAGGAACUAUAGUAGGGCCAGGCACAAUAAAAUUCGGCCGUCACGUUGUAGGCAGCGAUCUGUUAGAGCGACAAGUCAUAUAAGUAUCUAUAUAGCGAAACUAUUAAAUAAACACAUAUUGUCUAUUGUCACGAGAAGUGUAUUCAUUGUUAAACACCGACAACCCUUCUCCGGAACUCUGGUUUAUAGAUCUCUCGCAAUUCAGUUAAAUAAACACACCAAUUAAAGAGAAA